CUGAAAGUGGUUUGGCACUCGGAGUUUGGCGAGUUGCGACUGACAACAUCGCAGGGGGUAACUUCAGUUUCUUCACUUUACUGGCCGCAGGAAGCCUGAAAGCUGAGGUUAGAAGAUACAUAUGAGCAGCGCAUACUCUUGUAAAAAAAUCUCCGUCGUCAUUUUCUUUCUUCAAAAGCAAUGUUCAUUCUGAAUUUUCCCAAUUUGUUUUGAGGCAACACAUAAAAAACGCGGCUUGAAGUAGCAGGCUCCUGUUUUUUGGGAAUGCUUCCUCAGUCUGCCAGUGAAGAGCAGAGAGUGACGGUCCUGUCUGUCAACCCACAUCUGAAGAAAUGUCGCACUGGACUCUGUGUGACUGGAAAGUACUUUUGCUGCUUGCUCUGCUGUGGGACUGUCUUUGUGCUUCGGGACUGAAACCCACAAGAUGGCCGUUGUAUUCCCAAAAGCCUUUGCUCCUCGCUUGGAAUGCCCCGACUGAGGACUGUGCUCCGCGGCACGGCAUUCGUUUUCAGCUGGACCAGUUCCAGAUUGUGGCCUCACCCAAUGAGGCCUUUGUCAGGCAGAACCUCACCAUCUUCUACAAGGACCGCUUGGGUUUGUACCCCUACUUUGAGUCAGACAAAACACCGGUGAACGGGGGGCUGCCGCAGUUGGCCAGCCUCAGGCAGCACCUGGACAAGAUGCCGGAAAGUGUGCAGAAGUAUAUACGUGAAGAAGGGGCCGUGGGUCUGGCAGUUAUUGACUGGGAGGAGUGGCGCCCACUCUGGGUACGUAACUGGGACACCAAAGACAUUUACCGCAGGCAUUCUCGUGAGCUGGUGCAACAGAAGAACCCGAUGUGGUCUACGGAGCAGGUGGGAAAAGUCGCCCAGCAGGAGUUUGAGAUGUCUGCCAGGAAGUUCAUGUUGGAGACACUGAGGCAAGCCAAGAACCUGAGGCCCAACCAGCUGUGGGGGUUCUACCUGUUCCCCGACUGCUACAACCACGACUACAUUCGCACCCUGGAGAACUAUACAGGCCGCUGUCCUGACGUGGAGGUGGCUCGCAACGAGCGGCUGAAAUGGUUGUGGACUGAGAGCACGGCCCUCUUCCCCUCCAUCUACAUGGGCACCGUGCUGCGCUCCUCGGCCUCCGGGCGGCAGUUUGUCCGGAACCGAGUGAAGGAGGGGAUGCGGUUGGCAUCGUCGGGCGAGGGGUUGGCACGUCCUGUCUUUGUGUACACCCGGCCCACCUACGCCAACUCUCUGGAACAGCUGACAGAGACCGACCUCGUCUCCACCAUCGGGGAGAGCGUGGCCUUGGGAGCAGCUGGGAUCAUCCUGUGGGGAGAUGCAGCUUAUGCAAGCAGCAAAACCAGCUGUUCCGACCUUGACACGUAUCUACGAGGUCCGCUGAGUCAAUACCUCCUCAAUGUCUCCACGGCAGCAGAGCUAUGCAGCCAGACCUUGUGCGGUUCUCACGGCCGCUGUCUACGCAAAAACCCAGACAGAGAUGUUUACUUGCACCUCAACCCCCUCACCCACAACAUCACCCAGCAGCACGGCAGGCUGACGGUCACCGGUGAGCCCGGCGAAGCGGAGGUGACGAGUUUUCAAACUGAUUUUCAGUGUCAGUGCUACAGCGGCUACCAGGGAGAGGGCUGCAGUCAGGAGGACCCUCUGCACCAGAGAGGGGUGGCAGCUCAGACUGUGGCAUCAGCACUGCAAUGUGUGUUUUUACUGAUUAUCUCUCUGCUCUUCUGUUAGUGCAGCAUAAAUACAGUAGACAGAGCUGCGUUUUGUAUGUAUGGAGCAUAAAAGAUGACAGGUUGAGAGUUUUUUUGGAGCGAGGAAUGUCAUUUUUGUUUCUUGGAUUGCUGUAAAAUAUGGAUGACACAAAGUGAAAUUUUAUAAGAAACACUGUGGAAUAUGCAAAGUUAUAUUUGUUUAUAACUUUUAAUCUUUUCUUAGGCAAUGGAGGGCUCGCUGGAAAUGACCUUGUUUACAUUUUGCUCUCAGUUUCCUCUCAGUCACUGUUUCCCAAGGUGUCAAAUUCCAUGUUUCUCAUAGAGAGCACAUUCUUUCAGAGGAAAUGUGAUGAAUGAGUCGACAUAUGUCAGUCGCUGUGUGGUGAAAGUGGAAUUGAUGCACUUAAAUCUGCAAAUAGCACAAUAUAUUUAAAGUGCCUUAUCUUUUUUUUUCAACAUGACCUCUCUCUUGAUCUUUUUAUGGAGGCAAUUCAAGUGUUACUAUUUAUUUGAAUGUAUUUUUAGGUGUUUUAUAUGAUAUUUUAUUAUUUUUGUGUCCAAAACAUGACUACUAGUUUUCUCUUAAAACACCACAUCACUCAAUUAAUGCAAAAAAAAAAAAAAACAGCUGUUUGACUUCAGACGCACAGACAUUGUACACACAAUAUAAAAAGCAAAUUUUCUGACACUUUCUUUGUUCCACAGUUUUACUGACAUUAUCGCCUCUGUCUUCCAUGCUGUUUUCUCAAAUUUGACUUUUUUUCAAAGUAAAUAAACUUCUUUGUUGAA